AUGUUUUCCUCUACCGAUUCUUCGAGGUCUAUCCUCAGUCGCAUAUAUGAUCGGCUCACAGGAGUUUUCCGCGGCGCAGACCCUCGGGUCUGCGUCGCCUUUUGGCUAUUUGGCCUAGUUAACAAUGUCCUCUAUGUGAUUCUCCUCUCCGCAGCACUAGACCUCGUCGGUCCGGAUGUCCCCAAAGGCAUCGUCCUCCUGGCGGAUAUUAUUCCCUCCUUCGGGACUAAGUUGAUCGCCCCGUACUUCAUCCACGUGGUACCCUACUCGAUGCGAGUGAUAAUCUUCGUAUUCUUAUCCGUCGUGGGAAUGCUGGUUGUCGCGCUGAGUCCGAGCUAUACAGAUGGCGGGACCAUUUCGUCCAAGCUGGCUGGCGUCGUCCUGGCGAGUCUUUCCGCGGGCGGCGGCGAGUUGAGCUUUGUCGGUCUGACACAUUUCUAUGGACCGUUCAGUUUGGCAGCCUGGGGUAGUGGGACGGGCGCUGCAGGCUUGGUUGGUGCAGGUGCUUAUGCUCUGGCUACGUCUACCAUGGGUGUUUCUGUCCGAGCAACCCUUCUGGCGUCUGCUAUUCUCCCGGCGAUCAUGGCGUUGAGCUUUUUCAUAGUUCUGCCUCGAGCAGCACUGCGCGUUCAGGAAUCUACAGGGGGUGGAUAUAUUGCGGCUACCAGAGGUGACGAGCUAGAUGAGGAUGAACCAGAUGACGAGGGCCAUGAGAUUGAGCGCGGUGAAGAGGAAGGACUUUUGGGAGUCUCUGUCCACUCGGCUGAUACCUACAAGUCUGCUCAUAUUAACGAGGCGUCUUCUCGGUGGGCUCGGUUUCGUGCUAAUCUGCGACGGCUCCAAGGGCUUUUCUUUCCCUUCAUGCUCCCAUUACUACUCGUAUACAUCGCCGAAUACGUGAUCAAUCAGGGUGUCAGUCCGACACUCCUCUUCCCAUUAUAUACAACCCCUUUUAAGAGCUUCCGCGCCUUCUAUCCAGCCUACAACGCCAUCUACCAAGCCGGCGUCUUUAUUUCGCGAUCCUCAACACCAUUCUUUAGAGUACACCAUCUCUAUCUUCCGUCUUUCCUCCAAAUUCUCAACUUGGUCCUAUUGACUCUGCACGGCAUGUUCAACUUUAUCCCGAAUGUUUACCUUGUCUUUGUCAUCAUUUUUUGGGAAGGCUUACUUGGCGGACUGGUCUAUGUGAAUACCUUUGCAGAGAUUGCCGAUCGAGUGCCUAAAGAAGAUCGUGAGUUCUCGUUGGGCGCUACGACGGUGAGUGACUCGGCGGGAAUUUGUAUUGCUGGGUUUUUGAACCACGUCUUGGGAAGACCUUCGACUCGGUUUCGCAAGAUCCAGGUCUUUGCGGUCGUCUCAUUUUGGUCUUUCUAUCUGCUAAGAGCUGAUAAACAUGGCCCGCCGCUUGUUCGGUCCAUCUCAUCGCACUUCACCGGCAAAUUAACCAGCUGGCAGACGACGGUCAUCAUCUUCUUAUGGCUCUAUGUGAGUCGCAACUUUGCCAAGAUCGUGGGCUUGGAAUGCCCAGAACCACUAGCAAAUCUUUAUUCUCGAUCAUUCUUUCGCGCAACAUGGAUCACCACUGGAUUGGAUGCCGGGUUUUGGACAGCAAUGAAAAUCAAGCCUAAAUGGCUACGCGAUUUGGCAUCGCUAGUCUUCACAGUCUAUUAUCUAAUUGCCGCAGAGCAAGCAGAUGAGAAGGUACGCCGAGUCAGGGGUACGCUCACAUUAGAGCACCUUCGCGUAUCGUGGAAUAAGGCGACAAGCCCCUACCUAUGGUUCCUGGCGAGUCUGGUUCGUCCUCGACUUACCCGGUAUGGUCCGCGAGCGAUCCGGAUCCCCCGGCCUAAGCAUUCGGCGCACACGGAGCCGAUAAAUGCAUGGAUGUACUUUGAUGGGCCGCUCAGCGCACUGAAGGAUCAAACCUCGCUGGUACUGGACGUUCCAGGUGGUGGAUUCGUUGCGAUGGGGCCCCGCAACUCAGAGGACAAAUUGCUUUCUUGGGCAGGGCAGCUGAAAGUCCCGGUCUUGAGUAUUGACUACAAGAAAGCGCCCGAGUAUGCAUACCCAUAUGCACUUCAUGAAUGUUAUGAUGUCUAUCAUACGAUCAUGGCGACGAAUGGCCGCUGUUUGGGGCUGAGUGGCUCGACACGCCCUCGAGUUGUGGUAACUGGAGAGAGUGCUGGCGGCAACCUUGCUGUCGGUAUGACACUGAUGGUUCUACAAUCAGCCAUGGCGCAAGGAUGGCAAGGCGACAAUGUCCUUCCUCGACCGGACGGUCUUGUGCUAGCGUAUCCGGCGCUGAACGUGAGGGUCGAAAGCUGGAUGACGGACGAGCAGAUGUCUUUGAUCCAAGAUAGAAGUUGUCGUCAGACAAACAGUGGUGUGUUGCAGCGAAAGCAGGACCAGUAUCGCAGGCUCACGCCGUACGCUUCACCCGGCCACUCUGUUGAAAAUUUGACUACGAUAUCUACCGACGAGAAGCGACCAAAACAGGAACCAAUCGGGACCGAUAUAGCUGCCGAGACAUCAAAGGCAUUACGUGAUAAGUUAGAGAAGAGCGAACACGUCUCUGGAGACGCUGCUCCCAAGACUGCUGGUCCGGUCAAUCCACUCAAGACUCGACUGGCUGUCUCCUCCAUGAUCUCAUAUGUCCAUGAUCGAAUCCUCACGCCAGAAAUGAUGCGUGCGAUGAUCAUCCUCUACAUUGGACCCCACCACCGGCCAGACUUCAAUACAGAUUUCUAUCUGUCACCCGUCCUCGCACCAGACGCUCUACUAGCUCAAUUCCCAAAGACAUACAUCCUAACUGGCGAACGAGAUCCACUUGUCGAUGAUACCGUCAUCUUCGCCGGUCGACUACGACAAGCAAAGCUCCACCGUUUCCAUGAGCGUCAAGAUCUCGGGCUCGAAAAGUCACAACGCCACUUCAAUGAGAAAGACCACGUAGAAGUCUCUCUCAUCCCUGGAGUCUCACAUGGCUUCAUGCAAAUGGCGGGCUUUUUCCCCGACGCCUGGAAGUAUAUCAACCGUAGCGCGCGGUGGAUCGAGAGUCUGUUCGAAAACGCAAACCUACAAACAUCCGAAUACAGCCUCCUUCAACUCUCUCAACUCUCGAAUCUGAAGAGCCCCCUGAAAUUGCGGGGUCUUUCCCAGAGCAAUGCGAAUGUCAAGAAAAAUCAUUUCCGCAGCCUCACAGGUGAAUCCUCCGCCGACGAGGAUAGACCAUUGGAGAUGAAUAUGAGCAAAAUCACGCCCCUUUCCCAAAACGAACAAUCAUCAUCUGCAACAGAUUUGCCAUUACGACGCAGACGGUCCAAAUCAUCCUUUGCGUCCACUCACCUCGGCGGGCUGACGACUCUGGGUAACAACUCUAGCGAUGUACGUGAAUUCCGCGCAAAGCUCAAACGCUUGGAAAUCAGUCGCAAUUUUCGAGAUUUGUAUUUCUCGGAUGAAGUCAACAGUGCUCCGGAGAGUCCGGUUGCUAUGCGCCCUCGUGGGAGGAGUAUCACAUCGCUUGAUAGCGAGGAGGAUAUUUUAGAUCGUAGGAUGAAUGGGAUAGCGGGUGGUUUGAUGGGGUUGGGCGAGGGUGCUCAAACACCGGGGGCGUGA